AUGUCUCCAGCCAAUCGGUGCAGAAAAUCUGAUUCAACGUCCGUGAAAAUAAGCAAGGACCAGAUGACUUCCCUGACUGAUGACUUGAUUUGUCCCAUUAGUUUGGAAUUGCCUUGCGAUCCUGUCAUCGCCGAGGACGGCCGGAUCUAUGAUAGGCCCUCCAUUGAGGAACAUUUCCAGAGCCAUCGUGGUGAUCUAAAAUCCCCCAUCACGAAUGAACAAAUGGGGAUUAAACUGCUACCAGCAGUUCAGCACCGCAACACUAUCGAAACCUUGGUGGCGGCUGGUGUCAUCUGGGGAGAUUUGGCAGCCAAGUGGAUUGAAAAGGUGAAAGAGAAGAAGGACACCGAAGAGCUAUUGAAGAAGGCAAAUUCAGGCAAUGCAGAUGCAAUGUAUGAAGCAGGAGCGAGAAAUUUUUAUGGACUACAUGGUUUCAAGCAAGAUUUCAAGUUGGGCAUUCAGUGGUACACCAAAGCUCACAGAGCUGGCAAUGUGCGCGCAACCGUUUUGCUGGGUGGAUAUUAUUUGAAUGGUUUUGGUGUCACCAAGUGCUGCACCAAGGGCAUGGUAUACAUGUCUGUUGCAGCUGGCCAAGGUUCCAAUAUAGCAGCAUACACCCUGGGAAUGGCCUUUGCAAAUGGCAGGCAUGGGUUCAAUGUGGAUAAAGCAGAGGCCAUUCAUUGGCUUGGAAAAGCAACUGAGGACUCUCCUCAUGACUGUUUGUCAUAUUCAUUCAAGCAUAGAACUCGGGUUUGGAUUGAUCAGCUCAAAACGUCUAAGAAGCCUCGAAUGACCAAACACACGAAUCAAGUAGAAGGGUGGUCGUCAAUUCUAAAUAAAUACGCAGAUUUUGAGUGCACCGUGAAAAUCAUGACCUAA